CUAUUUGAACUACACUCAUAUCAGUGAGACAAACACCUGACAGAUCAUUACUGACAACUCUUUCCUGAUACAACAUACACGUCUGUCCUGUUACACUCGUCCACUCGGCAGAGGAGCUGCUGCCAAAGUAAAAGUGUUUGUCACCGACUCUGAUGAUUUUACAGCACAAUGACAUCUCAGGUUUCGUGGACAGUCCUGCGUCUGGAGGCGUCUGAAGUUGGGGAACUGAAAGAUGGCAUCAAUUUUAAGAAAAACCCAGAAGAUGGCAAAUGUUACAUAAUUUUCAAAGACAAAGAUAAAACACGAGCUUGCAAAAACCAAUGCAAGCACCAAGGAGGACUUUUCAUUCAAGACAUAGAAGAUUUAGAUGGCAGAACAGUGCGUUGCACUAAGCACUUCUGGAAACUAAAUGUGUCCACUAUGGAGUAUGUCAACCCACCCGACAGUUUUAUGCAGGAUGAACUUGAGGUGGUGCUGUCAGAUACUGAUGGGAGUUUGGAGCUGAUUGAGUUAAAUCCACCCGACCCUUGGACUGUGGACCCCCGAGAGGCACAAGAGCUACAAACUGGAGAGCUCACGUUGACAUACAUUACACAUGCGUGUAUGGAACUCAAAGCAGGAGUCAAGAGGAUGAUGUUUGAUCCCUGGCUGACAGGACCGGCGUUUGCCAGAGGAUGGUGGCUCUUACACGAACCUCCAUCUGAUGCCAUGGAGAGACUCUGUCAGGCUGAUCUCAUUUACAUCAGUCACAUGCACUCCGACCAUCUGAGCUACCCCACUUUAAAAUUACUUUCAAAGAAGCGUCCUGAUAUUCCCAUUUAUGUUGGAGACACCUCACGCCCGGUGUUCUGGUACCUGGAUAGAAGUGGGGUGAAUUUAACAAACAUCAAUGUGGUGCCCUUCGGUGUAUGGCAGAAUGUUGAUGAGCAUCUGAGGUUUAUGAUUUUGAUGGACGGCAUUCAUCCUGAGAUGGAUACUUGUUUAAUAGUGGAGUAUAAAGGUCACAUGAUCCUGAAUACGGUCGACUGUACCAGACCAAACAAUGGACGUCUCCCACACGGUGUGGAUGUGAUGAUGAGUGACUUCGCUGGAGGUGCUUCUGGCUUUCCAAUGACUUUCUAUGGUGGUAAAUACAGCGAAACCUGGAAGGCAGAGUUCAUCAAGAAUGAAAGAAAGAAACUGCUGAACUAUAAGACUCAGCUGGUGAAGGUUUUACAACCCAAGAUUUACUGUCCUUUUGCUGGUUACUUCACAGAAGCUCAUCCAUCAGACAGGUACAUAAAGGAGACAAAUAAGAAGAACAGCGCUGAAGACCUGAACGCAUCCAUAAGGACGAGCUGCCCAAAUACUCUGACCUGGACUCCUUUACCCUCUUCUGUGCUGGAUGUCGCUCUCGCUCUAGCAGAUCAAUCUAACACGAAUGCAAUCACUCAACCCUCAGACGGUACAAAGAUCUUUAAGGACAACUGGAACUUUGAUUUGUAUUUGGAUGAGCUGAAUGCUGCCAUUUCCCAUGAUAUCUUUAAAUACAAAUCCUGGAUCCAGUAUUAUUAUAACUGGGCGGGAUUUAAAGGCUACAAUCUGGUCAUACGGGUCAUUGAGACGGAUGAUGAAUUUGAGCCGCUGGAUGGAGGUUACGAUUAUCUGGUGGACUGCAUGGAUCUUUCCUUUCCAGACAGGAGACCAGAGAGAGAUCACGCAUAUGAGGAGAUUAAAAACAGAGUGGGUGUGAUGAGACACGUAGUUGUAAAUGGACGACUCUGGGACGACCUGUACAUCGGCUUCAAUAACAGAAUGAGUCGAGAUCCUGAUGUUUACCAUCACAAGUUUUGGAAUCAUUUCCAGACAGAAUUACCAGUAACAGCUCCAGACUGGGAUCAUUUCCUUCAGAUUGUCUCUGAAGAUUCAGAUCUGUCGAAGGAGAGCGGUUUCUGUCUGCUCUCUUAAAGCAAAAAUAUGAAAACAGAAAUAAUGACUACUUUUGUAAAGAGCAACCAAACACCUCCUAGCCUGACUGAAUUGAUUUGUUUUAUUAAUGGAUGAUAUAUGGGGUUAAAAUCUCUGAAUUGAUUUGUUAAAUUGAUUUUUUAAAAGAAUUUUUUACUUAAUGGAGUCAGCCAAAUAUUUUUUAUUUAAAAUCACAUGGUGUGCUGCUGAUUUAACUCUACUCUGUGGUUGGAAUGUCGGACAAAAUGGCAAUAAUUGUCCGUGUAAUAAUUGGUCAGGUCGCAUGUCAAUCAAACAGGCAAAGGGUCAAUUGUUUGUCUUUGACUAAAUCACAGCCGUGUAGAUACAGAGAAUGACAGCAUGUGAUAUUGCUUUAUAAAUGAAGUUAGUAAAUGUGAAUUCAUUAGCACGCUCCUUCUGGUGUCCAUUAUUUCAGUAUCUCUCCUCCGGCAUUUGUCUUUCUGUCAUGAUUCUGUCUGAUUUUUAUUGUAAUGCUUUUGAUUAUUUUUAAUAUUUUAAUAACAAUUAAAAUGUGAAUGAAACAUUAAAUAA